CACUCAGCAGACAUUUAAACACAUUUUACACACAAACCACUCAUUUGUGUAAACAUUUGUUUAAUUCAUGUUUUAAUUCAUUUGUAAUAUUGUUUUAUAUACAAUACAAACCAAUUGUAUUGAUAGUCAGCACCGGUUUGUUGUUGUGAUCGCCAGUUGUCUUCUAAUUGAUCCCAUUGUCUGCUCCCAUUGAACGCCAUGUCUUUGUUUAUGAACGAGCGGUCAGUCUUCGGCGAUCUCAACGCCACCAAUGAGUUGGAAAUGUUGGACAAUAUCUAUGACCGGACGAUAAUAACGGCCAAUUCGGCGAAUAUACUGAACAUAUUGUCCGAGUCUUCGGCACUGAAUCCCGAAGAAGAGGUGAUCCGGAAGAGAGGCCGCAAGAAGACGCCCAAAGUAUCGCAACUGCCGUUACGGCGAUCGCCGCGCAAAGCGCCGUCCAAUGGCGCGGAACGGAUGGCACUGUUGUCGCCCGUGAGGUCUUCGGCGCCGCAAUCGGACGGUUCGCACGACUAUUUCCUGCGGACGCCGUCGAAGAAGACGCCGUCCAAGAGCUCGACUCCGGGCCGAACGCCACGCAAAACGCCGUCCAAGUCAUCGGCGGCCACGCCGUCGACCCCACGGCGAGUGUCGCCCCGAAAACGGCUCCAAUUGGACAGCAAUGACAGCGGACUCGGACUGACGCCCAGUCCCAGCCUAUACAGGGGUCAAGAGUUGACGCCAGUGGUGGGCAACGGAUCCAAUCCCAAGAACUCCAAAAGCAAGUCAUCGACAAAGAGUGCAAACAGUUUGACCAGAAGAAGACGGCGACGAUAUUUUUGAUGACAAUGUUUUUCUUCGGAACCGCUUUUAUAUUUAUUUUCAAUUUUUAAGUCUCUUUUAUCAUAAUUUUUUUCGCUCAAGAAUUUUACUCCCAUUUUAUUCCUCCGAAACGAUUGAAUCCAUUAAUUAAUGUCAUUUCUUGCUCUCAAAGCCAUUGUUAUUUCAUACCAUUACUUGUCUUAUAUGGACAGCAGAUCUCGCAUUGAAUUUACAUGUUUUUAGUCUUUAAUUGUCGCUAAUUUUGACAAUUAUUUUAAUAUUUUACACAAAACCCGAAUAGAAAACAUACUUUUAAAGUGAAUUGCC